UUGUACGAUAAGCGCUUGCAUCAGCGGUACAGACAAGCCGUUUCGAGUUUUUGGUACUGAAAAUAUGCCAGUAUGAAUUAGAUAAUUGUGUAUAUGCUAGCAUAGCAUAGCUUCAGUUCGAAAGGGGCAGAAUAGGUCAUGUUAUUGUAUUGCUUUCGAGCAGCAGGCUACAAUGAUUUUUUGUGUGUCGAUUUCUGACAUUGGCUAGAAUUCAAAAUGGUUGAUUGCGGAGUUAGACAAGUUCCAGUUGGAUACGCGACUUCAUAAACACAGUAAUUGAGAGCAAAUAGUGUUACAAUAUAUAUGCCUCAAUUUUAAGCAUUUAUUGGAAAAAACUAUAUAUUGUUAAAAAGGCCAAAUUUAUCCAAGUUGGCUUAUUCUUAUGUCAAAUCUUAAGGCUGUGAUACUUGUGGGGGGGUAUGGCACUCGUUUGCGCCCACUUACUCUGUCUCAGCCAAAGCCGAUUAUUCCAUUCUGCAACAAGCCCUUAGUUGUGUAUCAGAUUGAAGCAUUAGCAAAGAUAGGAGUAACUACUGUUGUUCUCGCGAUAUCUUAUAAGCCAGAGGAAAUGGCUAAGGCACUUGAGCCAUAUGAAUCGAAACUAUCCGUUAAAAUUAAAUAUUCAAGAGAAUCAAUACCUUUGGGCACGGCGGGACCACUUUCUCUGAUGAAAAAGUUGCUUCAAGAAGAUUCACCUGAUAGCCCUUUUUUUGUCCUGAAUAGUGAUAUUGUAUCUGAAUUUCCAUUUUCGGAUCUCUUGAAGUUUCAUUAUGCUCACGGGAAAGAAGGGACGAUCAUGGUCACUACAGUGACAAAUCCGAGCAAAUACGGCGUCGUUGUAUAUGACCAAAAUUCGGGAAAAAUAGACAAAUUUGUCGAGAAACCUAAAAAUUAUGUGGGUAACAAAAUUAACGCUGGCCUGUAUAUUUUCAACCCCAGCAUACUGUCUCAAAUUGAAGUACGUCCAACCAGUUUAGAAAAGGAAAUAUUCCCGGCCAUGGCCGCAUCAGGCCAGCUGUAUGCCAUGGAAUUACAUGGAUUUUGGAUGGACGUUGGACAACCUAAGGACUACCUGAUAGGCAUGUCUAAAUAUCUGUCUCAUUUACAAGAAAAUGACCAAGAAGUGCAAACUCUGGCUUCAGGGCCAAAUAUCAUUGGCCCCGUUUUGAUUCAUCCCUCUGCUAAGAUUUCUCCUGAUAGCUUGAUCGGGCCCUAUGUUUCAAUUGGUCCAGAGUGUUUUAUUGAAACCGGUGUUAGACUUAAGCACUGCACACUCAUGAAUAAUGUGCACGUAGAAGCGCAUUCUUGGAUCAAAUCAAGCAUCAUUGGAUGGCACUGUCAUAUUGGGAAAUGGGUGCGCAUGGACAAUGCUACAGUUCUUGGCAUGGAUGUGUCAAUUCAUGAUGAAGUUUUUAUCAACGGUGCCAAAGUGUUGCCUCAUAAAUGCAUUUCUGAAAGUAUCAUAGAUCCCAAUGCGAUUAUUAUGUAAAAGAAAUUUUCUAGCUCGGUUACAUUUCUUAUAGGCUUUAAGAAUUUGGUCUGGCGACGUCAAGACAGUUAAACCACGAUCCAUAAUCAAAGCAGCUCAGCUGUGCUUUUCUAACAAUGAGAGAAUACAUGACGUUGAAGGAACAAAAAUUGGAUGGUAAAAGCAGGAAAUCUUUGAAGAAAAGAAAUGCAGGUAUUGAAUCAAAUGUGUUAGAAUAGUGAAGCAAGUUGAGUACAACUUAAAACGAAAUUUUUUUGUCGGACAAAUUUUGACGACCCUUCUAUUAGCAAAAAACCCUGCUGAUAUAACAUAUAGAAUAACUUAAGUGCAUUAUUUGGUUGCAUAAAUUAUAUGAGAAUGUUCUGACUAACUUUCGUGGCCUCUGAGCUAAUCCACAAAAGUACGGUAUCCACUGAGUUCAGUAUGCAGACAGAAUAAAUGUUAUCGCUAUUUGUACACAGAAA